UUGUCAUAAUUUCUUUUGGUGUCACACAUGUGCGGAAGGGAUUCGUCGUUUUACAAAAACGGAUUACAAACCGUCGAGGUUUGUUAUUAAGGCUAGAAUUAGUUGGUUUUGAAAAGGGAAAAUUGAGGUUAUAUUGACACAGAACCUUUAAAUUACGUGUGUUAUAUUUGCAGAAAAAUGUCAGACAGAGGAAAUUCUGAUAUAAUUACACACAAAAAAAUCGGGUCUGGCCACCCUUAUAACGACCUCAAACAGAUAGCAAAGAUUCAUCAAUGUGAUAUGUCUAGUGUGGAAUUCGCUAAACGCUUGGACGAGCAAGACGUACUGAGAGACAGACGACACGAGUUCUGUCUUCCUAAAAUGAAGGAUAUACCAGGAGUUGAUCACAGUUUGGUGGAUUCUGGAUCGGAUUGUCUGUAUUUCGCUGCUAACUCUCUUGGACUGUGUCCAAAGAAAACUAGGGAAUACAUCGACAUGGAACUGUUAAAAUGGGCUAAACUGUAAGACAUAUCUAUUCAGGUUG